CAUUGUCAAACUGUGUUUACAGAUAGCUAGUCGAGCUAGCUGGCUAAGUCUUCCAGUGGAUUUCCUGAUAUCAAAUUCGGCAGCAUCCAUAUCCUGUAAAUGGGGAACAGUGCGCUCAAAGCUCAUUUGGAAACAUCUCAGAAGACUGGAGUCUUUCAGCUGACCGGAAAGGGUUUGACAGAGUUCCCAGAGGAGCUGCAGAAACUCACCGGAAACCUGCGGACAGUCGAUCUGUCCAACAACAAAAUCGAGGUGCUUCCAGCAUUCAUAGGAGGCUUCCAGCAAAUCAAGAGUUUUACUAUAAGCAGCAAUAAACUGACCAGUCUACCAAAUGACAUCGGGAAACUCAAGAAGCUGGAGACUCUUAUUUUAAAUGGGAACCAGUUGAAUCAGCUUCCUUCAUCGGUGGGUCAGCUGAAGUCUUUGCGGACCCUGAGCCUGUCUGGGAAUCGCUUCAAGGAGUUUCCUAGUGGACUCUGCACCCUUCGUCAGCUCGAUGUUCUGAACCUGUCCAAGAAUAAGAUCCAGGUGGUUCCUGCAGAGGUGGCCGAACUGCAAGCCAUUGAAAUCAACCUCAAUCAGAACCAGAUUUCUACCCUGUCUCCAGAGGUGUCUCAGGCUCCCAGACUGAAGGUCUUACGGCUGGAGGAGAACUGUCUGGAGAUCUCCUCUAUCCCCCUCUCCAUCCUCUCAGACUCCCAGGUGUCCCUGCUGUCCGUGGAGGGCAACCUCUUUGAAGUUAGAAUGUUGCGUGACCUAGAAGGAUAUGACAAAUACAUGGAACGCUUCACUGCAACCAAGAAGAAAUUUGCUUGAACAGUCAGAGGCUUGCUGCACCUGUCCUCUGCACUGGGCUUACCGUAGAAAGGUUUCAGCCGAGACUGCUUGUGAAAACGGCAAGACGGGAAUGGAAAAAUGGUCAAGACUGCUUCACAACUCAGUAGAACGAUGGCUCAGAAACCCCAGCCCUGCUGCUCAUCGCAUUACAAUACAGACAGCUCUGUAUGGACCUUGCAUCACUCUUUCUUUUGCAAAGAUUUUAUAAACCGAAAUAUAAUGCAGACUCCGCUUCAUGAGGACAUUUACACUGGAGAAUGGUUUAUUCUGUAUAUUCAAGUGCACUAAUGCCACGUCUGUUUAUAGAACAUAAUUCUUUCAGAGAAGCUAAUAUAACAACUAACUAACAUAUUGUACGUCCUGUACCCUUAUAGUAUGUGCUAUUGCUCAGCAUUUAUUGAUUCAUUUAUUUUAAAGCAUUAGAGCCUUUGUAUGUCUGUUAUUAUUUGAUUAGAACAUUGUUUUGGGCACCAAUGAGGUUUUAUCUGUUUACCAGUAUUUUGAUUGAACUGUGAUCUCAAAACUUCCGUUAAAGAAUAUUUGCUGUGAUAUUUAAGAAGUAGCCAUUUUUUUCUGACAACCAAGGCUGCAUAUGAGUUUCAAUGUUGAUUACUGUCCAUGAAAUGCCAGUGGAUAUUUAUAUUUAUUACACAACAUUCAGUUUUACAUGCUGCAUGUUUUCUUUACUCAGCCUAAAGUUGUUCCAAGCCUGUAUGUCUUUCUUUCUUCUACUGAACACAAACGCAGAUAUUUUGAAGAA